CAGGCUGAGGACUCCAGAGACGCAAUGUCAAUGGCGCUCUACGCAUGCACCUUCAAAUGGAUCAUUGAACGAAUAAACGCUCGUAUCAAAGGAAACAGUAAUUACGCAUCCAUUGGAAUUCUUGAUAUAUUUGGGUUUGAAAAUUUUGAGGUGUGUUUUAUAUACAGUAUAACCUGCGAUCAUGCUCUGUAUUACAUACGCAGCCUGACACAAGUCUUGGUCCUGUCGCUUUUCGCCCACACUUGUCUGUAGUUUUAUAUCUGGUGUCCAAUCAAAAUGUCCCAUGCAGCAGAAGUGCCAAUUUCAUAUAACAAGAACAACAAACUAAUUAUAUAGUUACAACCACUAAAUAUAUCAUUAUCUAAUUAACAAUUAGUCGCCGAAGGCGAGGGGAAUAUAGGUUUGUAAUCACCGAGCCUGAGGUGACUGAUUGUUUUAGUAUAAUUUCAGUAUUGAAAAAGUUUUAUUUAUGAAUACAAAUAAUACACGUGUUUAUUUUAUGAAUAUAAUUUGCAUAAAUAAUUUUCUUCCGUCUGAUUUUCAGCCAUGUUUUUGGGAAAAGCAAUAGUUACUGCUCUGAGGAGUGCUCAGGAGUCUGAGCAGUAACUAUUGCCUCAGAGUUACUGCUGAGGGAACCAAUCAGAAUACUCAAAGGCCAUUUUUCAAUACUGAAAUUAUACUAGUUAGCAUUAACCAGCCCAAACGAUACAUUAAAUAUGGCCUGUUAUACUGAUGCUAGAAGUAACAAAUCUGCGCUACAGCCGCAUGGUAACAGCGAAUAUAAUUAUACUGUACAUGCUACUAGGUGGCGAGAAUAACGCGUACCUACCUGAUAUUUGGUCGUGGAAAACCCCGUUGUAGUACUCCGUAUACGAGUACUGGUAUAUUGGUGUGCCUAUUAUCGCACCGUGGGUUUUGUGAAAUGUUUUUGCCGCUAUGGAAAUAUGGAUGGCGUGCAAGCUUGGACGUAGAAUGCAACUACUUGAAAAAUAAGUUUGCGACUGCUUGAAAAAUAAGUUUAUUCUUACGUCUAAGGUAGUUGAUACUACAGUACAUCCAAGCUCGUCCGUUGCAUUCUUCGCUAUCAUGCAACAUUGACACCCAACACUGAAAAUAUCAAUAAUUGUAUAAUUUGGUUGCCGACACUAUGAAAUUUAUUAAUAUAAAAUUUAAUGUAUUUUUAGACAAACAGAUUCGAACAGUUUAACAUCAACUAUGCAAACGAGAAACUUCAACAAUUCUUUAACAAACACAUAUUUUCAUUGGAGCAGCAUGAAUACAACAGGUAAGGGUGAACGUCUGUAAUUUCAUAUGUUACUUGUGGUCACCAAUACACUCCAAAAACCUAGAUUAUAACGUUAGAUCAUACUAAAGGUGUAGUUAAUGUGUCUUAUAACGUGUUCAAAGAAAGUAUCUAAAUACAAUUUCGCUUUUGUUAUUGCAUAACCUUAAUUAAUAUAUCUCGAUCGUUAAUGUUAAAUGUUUUAAAUAAUUUAUUGUAAGUGUAUGAUGUUUUAAAUGUACACCAGUUAAGAUGUAUGAUGUUUUAAAUGUACACCAGUUUCCAAAAGGACGCAUGUACUGUCAUGUACAUGUUGCAUUUUGUUUCCUGCAGCUGUAGAUUGGAUAGCUUUUGGAAACGAAAUGCAGCUUAAAAAUAAAUAUUAAAACCCAGCAUAUGACUUUCAAACAAGACAUACACAAUAAAGAAUAGAAAUUAUUCGUUGUAUAUAUCACAACAUCUUGAGAGCAUUUAAAUCUAUUUACAAGAGUGCAUGCUAUAUGUAUUUACAAAUUACUAAAACGGUUACAAAAUUUAAAAUGAUAAAAAUGACUGAACUAAAAUAAUAAAAAAUAUGAUUAAACUAUCGUACAGUUCUGAUCUAUAAAAUGUCCCUUCCAAUUUAAUCGCCAUUUGAGACGGAACAACAAGCUUCAAGUCUAUUUUGCCUGACAUUAGGACAUUCUUGCUUGUGUGCAAUUAGUGUUUAGAUACUAUAAAUCUUCAUACAUCAGUUUUAUGCGGUUACUUCAGAUUAUUUAAAUGUAGCCUAGAUGUAAUAAUCUAUACACCCCUAUAAAAGGGGAGUUCGACAGUUAAUUUGUUUUAUAUUUUUAUGACAGGGAAGGUCUGGAAUGGGCAGAUAUUGAUUGGGUUGAUAAUGGAGAAUGCCUGGAUUUAAUUGAAAAGGUAAGCAUGGACAGCAUUCUCCGACCAUGAUCAAUUGGCAUCCCGUUUAUACUGUAUUUAUCAAAAGCGAGACUCAGCUACAGUAUUUUCAUUGCUUCUAUGCAAUUUGGCAUUUGUUGACGUUUUGCAAAUUUUGAUUCAGACAAUGCUCAUUUUCUGAAAUGUAGCGAGAACUCGAGUCGAAAAGUGAAGUCAAGGAUGUCAGUUCCAGUCCUUUGCAGGCCUCGAAUUUCCCUGAAAUCAAUCGACGGCAAUGGCGUUAAAAAUUGCCGUAGAACGUAACAGCUGUCUACGGCAAUUUUGGCAGUUUCCACGGCAUUUUUCAAAUUACUGUAAUAAAACUUCAAUUUUAUUUGUUACUUUGGAUUUUUGACAAGCUAGAAACAUGUCUACGUAUUUCUUUAGUGUUUUUUUUUCGAAGAAAACUGAGACUAAAAUAGUGAUUUACGCAUGAUUAACAUCUGAAUUCAAGUAUCAAAGUAGUAAUUAAUGCACAGUGAAUAGUAUAAAAAUUGCACUAUACGGCAAAAGAUUGCCGUCUUUGCCGUAAUGAUCAACGGCAUUUUGUUCUCCCUCUACGGCAAUUGCCGCGAUAAAAUUCGAGCCCUGGUCCUUUGUAUUGUUUUUGUGUCUGCGCGGUUAACACGAGGCUGGCAAGGAGUGUGCCGAAAUUUUGUAUUUUGACUUCGAUUUAAAGAAUAAUACUAUGGUUUUAUGAACAGCAUGAUAACUAUUUAGCGAUACGGUCCGUUAGAAAAAACUGGAAUUAGCUGGGGAAAAUGGAAUUAAAACUGUUUUACCUUCUUUGCUAUCUUGUUGACCGUAUGCCGAAUGACUAAAGUUCUCGCAACAGAUAUAUGGAGCUCAUUGUGUACCGCAUAUUAUUCUACUGUAUAUUAAAGUUACAACUUUUGUUUUUAGAAAGUUGGUGUUUUGUCGUUAUUUGACGAAGAAAGCCGUUUUCCAAGAGGAACUGACGCGUCUCUCUUAGAAAAAUUACAUGCUAGUCAUGGGGUAAGUGCGUACAGUAUUACCCUUUCCGUAACAACACGAGAGAAAAUCGACGCAUGCUAUUGCCUAUACCCUUAUAAUGACAAGGGCUAG